AUGAGUCAACUACGACCUAAUGCAGAAUUAGCUGAAUUUUCUGGACGAGGUAUCGAAUAUUUGAUUGAAAUUAAUGAAAAAGAAUUUAUUCCAUGGACAAGUAUAGCUAUCAUAUGUGCUUUAGCCAGUGUUCAAAUGGCAGUAGGUGGACUAUUAAUAGCUAGUGGAUUUGGAGCUAAUUUAGGAAUGAGUCUUGUCACUGAAGGAGGAUCAGAUUUGUUCAUUGCUUACAGAGUAUAUAGUACGAGACAAUUUUCUUGGUCCGAUUUUGCGAAACAAAAAGCAGUAAGUCUAAUUAUUUCAAUAGCUUCAAUGGGACUCUCAUCACUCAAAGAUGCAGCUAAAGGAGCUCAGAAUUUAGUCGUAGGUGUAGGAGAAGAAAUACUUGAACAAGCUAGUACAAGAGUAAUAACAAAUGGUAGGUCCGUAUACCAAACAUUGAAUGUAGCCAGAAAAAAUUUAAAUAGUCUAGCUGUUAAGCAUAUUGCAGUAACAAUUCAAAAAAAUAUUAUAAGAGAAGGUUUAAGUAAAUCAAUAGAUGUUAGUUCGCAUUUUUUAUUGAAUCAAUGGAAGUCGAAAGUUUUGGAAUCCAUAAAAAGGGAAGUUUACACGAAAUUUUGUGGAUCUAAUUUAAAAACGAUAGUGAAUAAAAUGUAUGUGCUUGAUUUAUUUACUAAAAACACAUAUUUUAAAGAAAAACUUCAUAAAAUACUAUGUGAAAUAAUUAAUCCUGAAGAUAAUAUAUGGAGUAAUGAAUUUGACGUCUUGGCUGGUGUAUUAUGCAAACGUAUUUUAUCUAGUAUGUCGAUAACACGUAGUUUCGCAAAUAUUGGUAACAUAAUACUUUGUAAUCUGAGACAAUUUCGUGAAAUUAUUUUUAUUGUCGAUAGGGUUCAUAAUUAA